AUGCCACAAAUAACACCAAUUAAAGGGUUUAUAAAUACUCCGGUGACGAAGAAGGUGGUGAUUUUCAGUACCAUAAUUACAAUUCUCGUGUCGAUAUUUCAGAUUAAAUAUUUGUUCACUUUAUCGAUUGAUCCUUUGAUAUUGGAGUACAAUCAAUUCUGGAGAAUACUUACUUUCCAAUUGUCGGUAAUCAAUGAAUCAGAUUACUUAUUAACUAUGAUCUUAUGGUUUCAUUUCAAGAAUUUGGAAAGAUUCUAUGGAUCUCAGAAAUAUUUAUCAUUGAUAUUGAUCUUAUCGAUUUAUAAUGGUGUGGUGACAUUCCUUAUUAUGAGUUUAGGUCAAUUAUUAAUCAAUUUUAUUGAUUAUUUCAUUUUGACUACCUUCAAGUUAAACGGAUAUACAUAUUUCACCACCAUAUUGAAUUCAAUUGUUCCAGGACCAAUAGGGAUCUUAAGUUCCUUAUAUAUCUGUUUUGGAACAUACAUCCCAAUUUCUUAUCAAUUCAAAAUCUUACUUUCGAACCCUUUCAAGAAUAAUCAAGAGAAUCACAGUAAUAGCAAGGAAUUAUUAUUAACUGAUCAUUUCCAAAUCCAUAUUUUAUACACUUUAUUAUUAUUCAAUAAUGGGUUUAAAUCAUUUGUUCCUUCAUUGAUUGGAUUAUUUAUUGGGAAAUUAUAUACCAGUGAAUUAUUGCCAGGGUCAAAAUCUUGGUUAUUGCCAACGACAUUAUUUAAAAUCUUCAUUAACCCUUUCAAGAUUCUUAAUAAUAUAAUAAACCUUAUUAGAAGAAGAUUCAAUGGGUAUCAAUCAAUAAACCAAAUCAUUGAUGAUGAAGACCAAAAUGAAGAAAGUAAUGAACGAGAAGAAAUAGUUGACGAUAUGAGAAAUAAUGAAAGCGAAAUAAGAGCUGAAACCCCAGUAAGACCUUUAGCAAGUCAAUUUUUAGACACUUUUAGAACUCGAGGGGAUUAA